CAGUGUUUUAAGGGUAGUAUAAAAUGGAAUAGGUCCUACUAUCUGUGUAAUCUUUCCCUUUUCCCACCUUUAGCUUUUCUUCCCUCCCCCUCCUCUCUCUCCAUCUCUCUCUCUAUCCAGAGAAAAAGCUUUGGCAAACUCUCUAUAUAUUUGGUUGGAUUUUUUUCUUAUCAUCAUCUGGAUCACUUGUUGCCUAGGCCUCCUGAUCACCAAAUAGCUAUUAACUUUAGAGUUGGGAUUGGAGAAGGAGAGAGGAGGGUGGUGGGGGAGAUAAGAGGGAGAAGAGAAGGAUCUUGGGAGGGGAAGAUGAAUCCACCAAACAUGGCAGGCCAAUUUGGAGACACCACUUACACCAAGAUCUUUGUUGGGGGGCUGGCUUGGGAGACCCAAAGAGAGACCAUGAGGAAAUAUUUUGAGCCGUUUGGAGAGAUCCUAGAGGCUGUGGUCAUCACUGAUAAGAAUACUGGAAGAUCCAAAGGCUAUGGAUUUGUCACAUUUCGAGAGCCGGAGGCUGCGAUGCGGGCUUGUGUAGAUCCAGCACCAGUGAUCGAUGGAAGGAGGGCUAACUGUAACCUUGCUUCUCUUGGGGUUCAGAGAUCUAGACCAACAACACCUCUCCAUGGUGGAAACAGAAGCUUUAGGGCAAUGAAAUCUUUUCAAGCAGGCCAGCUUCAAGGUGGGAUGGGAACAGCUUUUCCAUCGCCUGCCACCUUCCCUCAUUAUGCUAUCCAACAAGGGAUUCCUUAUAAUGUCUAUGGGUAUUCUCCAUAUUCCUCCGAGUACACUUAUCCAACGAGCUAUUACAAUGUGUAUGGAGGGGCAGCUGCUCAGUAUCCAUUGUAUGGAGGAGCAACAACUGGGCUGGUGAAUGGAACCACUGCUUUCUACCCAUACUUCGAGCUUAGUCAGGGGGGAGGCGCCGCAGCCUACGCUCAUGGUCAGGGCUUUGGUUUGCAGUACCCACAGAUGUUGCAGUACUCUGCAGCGACCGCAACGGCCGGAGUGACGGGGUUCUCAGGGCAGCACUAUGGAGGGCCCUUGUCCCUUGCACCAAGUCCCACGGCUCAAGCAGUGUGUUUUUACUCUAAAACAGGCAUGACUAUGGCUCUCGCAGCUCCAACUCUGCCAACUCCAACAGCUCAUCACUACAGACUCAUCCCUACUCCCCUCACUGCAUCGACGGCACCGGAGCAACCCUUGGCUUAACCAUGGUUUUUCCUUUCAUCGUCCACUGCACUUCCUUUCUCUUGUCAUUCUCCUUUCAUGUGUCUGUCUGUCCACGUACAUAUUUCCAUCUCUGAAGCAUGCCCAAGUUUGCAUCUUAAGGACCCAACUUUUUUUAGUCCCGCAGAGGCUAAAAAAAAAAACUUUCAAGUUGGGAACAACUCUCCAAGUCUCAGGUGCAUUGAUGCGAAUUGGGCAGUAUUCAUUAAGCUUUAGCCCUGGGAUGGGCUUAAAGCAUCAUCACGCCCCAGGGUGGGGUGGCAUCUUCAAAGACCAAAAGGGUCACCAACCUUGGCUCCUCAUAAGCCAAGCACAAGAACCCUUCUAACCCCAUAGCCCAAGCUGGGCUUGAGCCAAGAUGGUGAUUUUUUUUUUUAAAGUCUAAUGGUCGAGUCUCUUCCAUUGUUAGCCUUAGGUUGGCUUAUCUUGCUUCAACCUCUGCUAAAUACCUCUAGAUGUAGAGGCCAAUUUAGCCAAAUCCAAGGGCAAAGACCAGCCCUGGAGCAUGCAUGCAUGUUCUAUAAUGUUAGCCCUUGCAUGGGCUAAUUAACACACCCUCAUGACUCUGGUGAGUUGUUAUCACCCACCAAUAUGGGUCACUUACCAACCUUACCCAAUAAUCAUGUUAGAAUUUAGUGCAACCAACCAUCUCAUCCCUUACCUAGAGAAAGGUAAGAUGCCUUAACUAAUAGUACUCCUUCGCCAUUAGCUUUCUGCAUACAUUAAUUCAUGAGGCUGGGCUCUAAGGAGAGUUUCGGCCCCCAGUCGAGGCAGGUUUGAGAAGAACUAGUGCUUGUUUUUGGCAUAUAGCUCUACCUCCUGCCCCAAACUUCGGAUGAACUCCACAUAUGGCUGUGGAGUUCCCCUCCACCCUUAUGAAAGUCCAGUUUUCCCAACCCAACGGUCCCUAGGGAGAUAUUUUUGGUCUCUUGGGUCCCAUCUCCCCUAACUCUCCUCCAAAAAUACCAUGGUUAAGUCCAAGAGUCUCUCUCUCUCUCUCUCUCUCUCUCUCUCUCUCACUCUCUCGCUCUCACUCAUGCUGCUUUAAUAUCAGGGAGACUUUUUAUACUUUUGUAUGCAAUUUCUUUAGAAGUGGAUUGUAAUAAUUAGUCAUGCUACUUUAGGACAAGAUGACAUCGCUUUAUAUUCCCAGUCAUGACAAUGCCUUUAGCUAAUAUUACUAAAGUAGUUGAAGUUGUUUAAGCAAAUUGAUGUUUAAUGACCUUAUUAUGCAUCAUAUGAUCUUUAUUUCGCUUCCA